GCUAAUGUUUAGGUUUACUAAUAUUCAUUCGUUUUUCGAGAGUGACAACAUGAACAUGCCAUCAGCUUACAUGUGCUUGGAAAAUAAUUAACGGAAGUUGAGCUUGGGAGAGGGCCGGUGGAGUAAUCGUUGCUUAAUGAAGUCGCCAUUUCGUAGAUGGCAGAGCCCGACCUCACGUGCGAAUUCGAGAGUUUUGCUAAAUUGAUGGCGCUAUGAUUUUUCCGGCGGGUCGAUUACGUGGCUGAUCAUCACACCUGACGAUUUGUGAAGACAUACGUGAGGUCAGAUCAGUUCAUCCACCCGAAGUCGCUGUGCGUCUCCAAAUAUUUGGGGCAAUUUUUAAGAAGUAAUUUAUUUCAGCAUCGAGAUGUCUGCCCAAAGCAGCUGUAAAUACUGCGGCGCAACAGAGAUCGAUGUAGAUCGAGCUCGAGGCGAUGCCGUUUGCACGAAUUGUGGUGCCGUCCUAGAGGACACGCUCAUCGUCUCGGAGGUCCAGUUUGAGGAGACUGCUGGUGGCGGAUCCAGGGCUGUUGGACAAAUGGUAACCGGUUCUGGCGGAGCUCGCAUACAAGGUUUUCGCUAUGGGGGAUCGAAGGCAGCACGCGAGCUGACGAUCGCAAGAGUCCGAACGACGAUGAAGUUAAUUGCAGACCAAUUACAACUCAACGACGACAUCGUAGAAAGCGCUAUGCGCCUCUACGAGACGGCUCUUAUCAGAAAUUUUACAGUUGGCCGAAGACGGUCGCACGUUCUUGCGGCUUGUAUCUACAUUACUUGUAGGGUAAAAGAGUCGUCACUAAUGCUACUUGACAUAUCUGAUGUUGUACAGGUAAAUGUGUAUGAACUGGGGAGGACUUACACAAAAUUAGCCCACGAACUGUUUAUUAACAUACCAGUGCUCGACCCCUGCAUUUAUGUAACACGUUAUGCCCAAAAGCUUGAGUUGGACGGAGAUACCCACAAAGUAUCUUUAACUGCACUCCGAUUACUGCAACGAAUGAAGAGAGACUGGAUGGCGAUAGGUCGAAGGCCUUCUGGGCUAUGCGGGGCCGCGCUUUUGGUUGCUGCCCGAAUGCAUGGUUACAAUCGAAGUGUACAAGAUCUCGUUGGAAUAGUGAACAUGAGUACUAGUACUAUUCGUAAACGGUUAACGGAGUUUGCCGAAACACCGUCCGGUAAGCUGAACUUAGACGAGUUCGAGGCAGUGGAUCUAGAAGAGGAACAAGAUCCACCCAUUUUCAAGGUAAACAAGAUGAAAGCUAAGGAAAAGGAAGAUGAGGUCGACCCGGAUGUCGUCGUCCAGUUGCGAGAAUAUCAGGAGGCUAUCGAAAGUCAACUGGAAGAUCGGCAGGCUCAAGUUCACAAGCGCUUUGCCAAGUACCUAGAAACCCCCGCAGAGUUUCACAAAGGGGUUGCCCUCUCGAAAGAAGAGGAAGAUCUUUUAUCAGGAAACUUCAUUAUGGAGGAUACGAUGAAUACUAUUCGUGAAAUCGCUGAUGUCGAGGUUGACGACGACCUUGUCGUAGCUAAAGGACUUCUAGAGAAUAAAGAGGAAUGUACAGAUGUUAACAAUUCUACAACAAUCAAAGAAGUCAAAUCACAAUUUUCCGCUUUGACUGAAGCGGACGAAGGCCUACCAAGGGUGUUACCUUUAGAAGAGCGUGAACCUGACUACGUCGUGCAAGAGAAUGACAACGGAGCUUUGGACCUCGAUGGUAUUGAUGACACUGAGAUAGACAAUUAUAUUUUGACGAGAGAGGAAUCUGCUCUAAAAGCUAAAAUGUGGGUCGCAGAAAAUAUGGGUUUUCUAAAAACCGAACGCGAGAAGCAAAUACAGAAAGCUAAGGAGGCUGCUUCUGGCAAAGAUAAAAAAAGGAAAAUUAAAAGGAGCAAAAAGCAGCUCAUAAAACAGGGCACACCAGGCGAAAAUUUUCAGAAGAUUUUGCAAGAGAAGAAGAUAUCUAAGAAGAUCAACUACGAUGUGCUGAAAAAUAUUGACGCUCUACUUGGCGGUAGCGGUUUAGGGGAGCAGUUUGGUUCAGGCGACCAGAAAAUUGUCAAGGGAAAAAUAGAGAAAAUCGAUAUCGAUGACUUUGAAUGUGAUGCUUCGACAAGUAGCUUUCGAACGACGUUAUCUCGACGAAAACGAAAGCCAGCACCCAGUCCGGAAGAUCUCAAACAGGUUUCGAAUAUUGCGCAGUCGCUCAAGAGUCAGCUGCUGCAAAAGCGAGAGCUCGAGGACGACGAAGACGACUUAGAGCUUCUAAAACAGGCACGAUUGAGCAACGCGGAACGACGCAAAUCGAAACGCGAAGUUGAGCCAACCGAUCGGGUUGAAGAACAUGAAGAGGAAGAUGCUGACAUGGAGGAAGUAGACGACGAUAACAUACAAUCGGCUUCAAAACUUCUAGGACUUCAUCGCGGCGAGGAUGAGUACGGGUCAGCGUAUGUUGAAGAAGACUAUUACUAGAGAUGACAAUGACAGAGAUAUACUACGGGCGAGUUCGUUAGCGGUUCCAGUGAUUUUCAGUCUCAUGUUCUAAGCCUCUAAACUGUGGCAUGUGUACAUAUUUAGUGAGGCAAAGGGAGAGAGUAGGUGAAUAAUAAGAACUUUCAUUCAUUACAAUUAGUUGACAUAUACGUUCUUGAAGUAGUUUCACACACAAAUAGGCACACAUAGCAUUGUAUUUGAUUUCUGGCCGAGCUAAACUGCAGUUUAUCUUAACAUAAUAUCAUGUCGUUCUGUAGAACGUUUUUACUGUUCUUAGAUUUGCACAUUCAUAAUUAACUAAGCACAAUUCGCUUCCAUUCUCCAUGAGGUGUGCUAAGCUAUUUUUAAUAUGCUUUCGAGUGGAUUUAGAAUACAUUUUAUAGAAUAAUAUUGUGGUGUUUAUGCACUAUACGAUCAUGGUUCAAUUUCGUUUAUGGAUGUUUUUCUACCUUGCUACAGUGCUCUCUAGCAGACCUUCAACAUGCUGUAACAUAAAGCUGGUUGAAGUCUGUGACCCGUGUCUUGCUCAUGGUUUAUUUACUUGUUUGCUUAAUUAUAUGCUUGCGUUGCUUUGAAACACACAGAAUAGUCUUAAAAAUUCCAGGAUAGGUUUCUCAAAACAAGUCUCACCUAUACAACACGAGGAAAAGUAAAUAACAAGCUUGUUAACUUAACUAAUUACACAUGUAAGUGCAUAAUGGAAAUUACAUCAAUCACACAUUAGACAUUGCCGUAUCAUAAUAUCUACUGUAUAUGAAUAUAAUGGUGUAUGUAUAAUUGUACAUAGUAGAUAAAUAUAAAAACAUUAUGUAUAACGAAGGCUAUACACUAUCUACAAAAUAUAAUAUUUAAACAAUGACUAAAGGUACAUUAUAAUUAGACAUGUUUAUUAAUAUCUACAGUUAGCUUUUUAAGCAAUAACAUGAAAAGUGUAUUCACUUCUGAUUAUCAUCGCCGUACUCAACUAGCCCGAAAUAUUCAAACUUUUUGCUUUAUAUAGUACGUAACCGAUUUACACAUGGAUAAUCUGCUAGUGGAAAACGCUAAACGUAAAAGUUAAC